UCAAGAUCCAUUCUCAUGGGGUAACUCCCAAAGAGAUGUUGCUUUUCCAUAGGGCUGUAUGAACGAUAUAUAAGAUGAGUUUAACGCCACUUAGUUUGGGAAGGCAGGAGCAAAAACACUUGCAACUACAAGCUAUAAAUGAGAUGAAUGGAGCCAUUGCCAAAAAAGGGAAGGCAGAAAAAGAAUGGAGGGAGUCGAUAUAUAGAAAGCUACUCGGUUCAAUUUGGUAGAAACUUUUCCACUGUAACCUAAACAUUGAGCAAACUCGACCAACAAUAAAUAAGAGAAAAAAGAUUAGAGAAAGGAAAAUCUGAUCAGCUCUCAUUGCUGCAGCAGCUUUACUGUGCUCAUCCUCCUUUUCCACACCCAGGCCCUUCGUCUGGGAGUCCAUGCAAAAGAAGCAUUAGCAUGGUGAUGCAAGUAUAAAAAAGGAGGAGUCCACUUUUCUCCACUGUCACUAUAUGCAUGGAUAAAAUGGUCAAAUAACUCAGCCAAUUGUAAGCACAAUCAGGCUCGUGACAUCGAAUCAUCCCUUCAAGUUCCCACACCCCUUUCUUCAAAAAGAGGAAAAACCUAUAUAGUCCCAUUACCAUACUGUAUUAUACCGCCCAUACUACUACUAAUUGAAACCUCAACAGCACACAAAAAGAAUGAAAAAGAGUCAAUAGUCCCAUUCUCAACACACAAAGACAUCAUUAUCACAUUUCCCAGACCCUUUCUAGUCAUUUUACACCCUCCUCUACACCCUCUCUCUCGCUCGCUCCCAUCACCAAAACACACACUUCUCGACCACCAUCACCAAGUAACUACUAACCCCAUCACUCUGUCUUCCAAAUACCCUGUAAAGUCUCAAACUUUAAGCCAAUGGGUACCCGAAUUCAGUCUCACCAGCUCAAAAACGGGUUGUUCGUGUCUGGUCGACCUGAACAGCAACAAAAAGAGAAACAACCCACCAUGGCUGCACGCGCAGUGCCUUACACAGGCGGUGACAUUAAGAAAUCCGGCGAGUUAGGCAAAAUGUUUGACAUCCCAGCAGUGGUUGAACCACCAAAGGCACCACCUUCACGUGCUUCUACUUCUUCAAGUGGAUCCAUCAGAAACUCUUCUUCUGGUCCUAUUAGAAAUUCUUCAGGUCCGUUGAACGUUGUCCUACCGACAGGGCUCUUCACCUCAGGUCCACUUGGUUCCGGCCCAUUGGGCUCUGGCCCACAAAGAAGAUCGGGCCAGCUUGACAACAGCGCUGUCGGUUCGGGUACAGGAUCCGGAUCAAGCAAGGCACUUUAUGGGUCAGCAGUGACUAGCUUGGCUGGUGAUGUGAAGGUGGGGUUUAGGGUUUCAAGGCCAGUGGUGUGGGUGGUGAUGGUAGUGGUGGUGAUGGGGUUGCUUGUUGGGGCUUUUUUGAUGGUUGCAGUUAAAAAAGCUGUGAUCUUACUGGCUGUUGGGGCUGUUUUGGUGCCUUUGAUUGUGGGGUUGAUUUGGAAUUAUGCAUGGGGAAGGAGAGUGUUGUUAGGGUUUGUUAGGAGAUACCCUGAUACUGAGCUUAGAGGAGCCAUUGAUGGACAGUAUGUCAAGGUUACUGGGGUUGUCACCUGUGGCAGUAUACCUUUGGAGUCAUCUUACCAGAAGGUACACAGAUGUGUAUAUGUUUCAACAGAGUUGUAUGAAUUUAGAGGGUUGGGUGGAAAGUCUGCCCAUUCAAAGCAUCGCUUUUUCUCAUGGGGAUCCAGACAUUCAGAGAAGUUUGUUGCUGAUUUUUACAUAUCAGAUUUCCAAUCUGGACUAAGAGCACUAGUAAAGGCAGGCUAUGGAGCCAAGGUUGCUCCAUUUGUCAGGGAAGCUACAGUAGUGGACGUGAAAAAGGAGAACAUGGACUUGUCUUCCAGCUUUUUACGCUGGUUAGCUGAUCGCAACCUUUCAAGCGAUGACAGGAUCAUGCGUCUCAAAGAAGGGUAUAUCAAAGAAGGGAGCACUGUAAGCGUGAUGGGUGUUGUUCGGCGACACGAUAACGUGCUGAUGAUUGUCCCCCACCAAGAGCCUCUCUCAACAGGUUGUCAGUGGUUCCGAUGCCUCCUCCCAACCUAUGUUGAAGGCCUUGUUUUGACAUGCGAUGAUAAUCAAAAUGGUGACGUGGUUCCCGUGUAGGUAUUUAGCUGUUCAUCUUAAUCAAAGUUUUCUUUUGAACUGGAUUUCACUAGUAAAUAUUUGAAGGGUGCCAAGCAAGGCAAUGAUCAAGCACCCUCCAAACCACUCUGUACUUACCUUCCUUUAAGGUUUUAAAGGAGCAUGUAAAUGGCACAGAAGUCGCAGAGAUGGAAGAACCAUGAGCAUGUAGUAGUCAAGCAUAGUCUAAUUUAUAUGUGCUGUGGAUGGAGAGUAGUAUGCAAUGGGGAAAAAGAACACCCAACGGAAGAUGGUGAGAAAUGUUGUAGGGUGGUAGCGCUAAGCAUUUUGAUAUUGGCUGAUUUGUGUACAUAAGUACAGAGCCGCGCUACGGGGUAUGGAAUUGUUGCCUUCUUCUGAACUAUAAUCUAGCAAAUGCACUGUAAUUGUAUUUGGGUUCCUCUUAUAAAUUAUAGAGGUUUUCAUGUAUGUUUGUUUAAUAGGGACGCACCUCUUGAAAAGCAUGAAAUUCAUGCUUUCGGUGAGGUGCGCCAUGCACCGCACACAACCACAUUCUUUGUGUUUGUGUUUGCGGUUUUUUUUUUUUGGGAUUGUUUAAUUUAAUUUAAUUUAUUUUUUUUGUGUA